AUGAGUCGAUUAUUCUCCUUUGACCGAGAAGAAAAGGGCCUCCCUUCAGAGAGAAUAAAUGAUCCUGGGCACCCACAACCGCCUACACAGCCUUACCCCAAUGUUAGCGGCACAGCUCAAUUUGAACCACCGAAUCAACCACCGCCAUCGCUACCACUAGACGAGCGAGAACGGAUCAGUCAAAUAUACAAUCUUCACCACCAAACCCAUAACUUGAUUCCCGCAGAUAACAAACUUCUGAUUUUCAGAUCAUUGACUGGCAUUGACUCGGUCCCUGUGCUUUCGCACCAUGGAUUUUUCUCUCCCAGACAUGCGCCCAACGUCGGUAUCUACACACGAAUUGUCACUGCAGAAAAAACGGCAGCGUCUCGCUAUCGCAUUUUCAACAUUUUGAUCAACACAUGUCUGGGAAUCCAAAUUGUGGUUGCCGCUGCACUAACGGCUAUCGGUGCCGCAAACGGGCCACAUGGUGCCGUGACGGCCUUUGGAGCCAUCAACACGAUCAUGGCAGGUAUCCUGACCUACCUGCGCGGUUCCGGACUUCCCGAUAAAGAGCGGAAUAUCGAAAAAUCAUGGAGUCAGAUACGUGAGUACAUUGAACAGCGAGAGCGAGAAUUCUGUCUGGAGGGUUGUAUGUUGAACGUUGAGGAUGAGAUUCACAACAUUGAGAGAAUGUAUGAGGAAGUUAGAACUCAGAUGGAAGUUGGGGCUUCAGAUAGUGGAGGCAAAAGAGGCGGUAUAGAGAAUCUUUCGAGUCUUCGACCAAGAGGGAGCUUGCUAGCCGAAGCCAAGAGUGCGGUGCAAGGCGCGAUUGCCGGCCACCAUGAUCAGACGGAGCAGAAUCAUCAUCAUCUUGGCGAUGAACUGCGGAACCUGGGACAGCGAUUUCAAGGGACACGCAACGGAAUGCAGCAUCACCUUCGAGACGAGCUUCACAACUUAGGGCAACGAUUGUCAGGUACGCGCGACCAGGCCAGAGAUACUAGCGCACAUGUCAGAGGCACAGCGGACGAUAUUCGGCAUACUGGCGAAGAUUUGCGACAUACUAGUGAACAGGUUCGACAAGCGGGAGAGAACCUUCGAGACACGGAUGUGCACCUGUCUGUUCAUACGCCAUCUUUGUCGGUGUCGAGGCAUGGACAGACUGAAACCCAGGAAGGCGCACAAGAGAAGGACUUGGAGUGA